AACCCAAGAUUUUAGACAUCAAGUAUAUAUGCUCAUCGUUUCAGAUGACCCCGGCACUUCCAGUGAACUUAAGGAAGGAGAAACCUUCUGCCGACUAGGGCUUGUUGGCGCUUUUUGGUCCUGAAACCAAAUCCCAACCCCUUUCCCCCCCUUUUUUGGCCGUUUGGCACCUUUUUCUUACCUCAAUCUCUUCCCGACCUCCACCAUUCGGCCCUCGCUGGCCACGGCAGUCCUCCCUCCCCGUUCCCGCCCCCACCAUCCCCCUUCUCAUCACACAACCCCUUCCCCACACCACAUUUCCCACCCCUCCACCCAAGUCACCAUGGCCACCGGUACAACCACCACCGCCCGUGAACAUCUCCUGGUGGUGCGGAGGCGCAGCCCGCACAUGCGCUACACGCUGAGCCCGGAAAACCUCCGCAGCCUUUCGGCGCAGGGUGGCUCUGGGAAUGGGGGAAGCUCUAGAGGAGGAGCUCCCGAACCGAUGGGCCUGCAGAGGGCCAACAGUGACACGGACCUGGUGACAUCAGAUAGCCGUUCCUCCUUAACAGCCUCUACGUACCAGUUCACGCUUGGGCGAGGGCAAAACCUGGUCAUCUCUUGGGACAUCAAGGAGGAGGUGGAUGCCACUGACUGGAUUGGGCUGUACCACAUCGAUGAGACGUGUCCAGCGAAGGUUUGGGAUUCGAAGAACCGUGGGGUGAAUGGCAUUCAGAGAGGGCAGAUCAUCUGGAGACUGGAGCCCGGACCGUACUUCAUGGAGCCUGAGACCAAAAUCUGUUUCAAAUAUUAUCAUGGAGUGAGUGGAGCGUUGAGGGCCAUCACACCCUGCAUCACGGUCAAGAACCCUGGAGUUACAGUCGGGGCAGAGGGGCUGGUAGAUGGACAGGCGGUCACUGAACACUGCAGGAAAUUAGUCAGCUUUACUCUGUCAGAUAUCAGGGCUCAGGGUCUGAAGAAGGGCAUGUUUUUUAAUCCGGACCCCUAUCUGAAGAUGAGCAUUCAGCCAGGCAAGAGGAACGGCUUCCCUGCAUUCACUCACCACGGCCAGGAGAGACGAACCUCUAUCAUAUCCAACACCACUAACCCUGUGUGGCACGGAGAGAAGUAUACUUUUGUUGCUCUGAUGACGGAUGUUUUGGAAAUCGAGGUCAAGGACAAAUUUGCAAAAAGUCGCCCGAUCAUCAAACGCUUUUUAGGUCAGCUGACCAUGCCAGUGCAGAGACUGCUGGAGAGACAUACCGCCGGGGAUCAACAUGUGAGCUACACACUUUGUCAUCGUCUGCCGACAGAAAAUGUGAGUGGACAGCUUCAAUUCAGGAUGGAGAUCACCUCCAACGGACAUGAAGAUGCCGUGGGGUCUCUGUUGGGUGCUUCCUCUAUGAAUGGAGAUCCAGGGAGCCCAUCAGAUGAUGAGGAUGUUUUGCAUCCUUCAUCCCGCAUGGCCAGGGGUCCCUCGCCCACUGGCUCUGAAUGGUCCCUUCACGGUGACACCUUUAGGACUGAUGAGUGCAUGAUGGACCCUGAUGAGGAUCGGCUCUUGAGAAACGGAGCCCCAGACUUGGCUGAAGGAUCCCCGGGCCACACUCAUCGUCAGGCCUCACUUAACGACUAUCUCGAUGCUAUUGAGGCCCCUAAGGGCCCGGGAGACAGACCUCUUGGGGCUGCCUCACCUAAACUACGCUCCAGUUUCCCGACCGACACACGGCUUAAUGCUAUGUUACAUAUAGACUCUGAUGAAGACGAGGAGGGACAUGCCUCCCGGGAUCCGGCAUUGACCUAUGGCGGUCCGCGGCCUGGUGGACAAACUUCAUCUGAACAGGACAAAGGGGAGGGUCCUGUCAAAGAGAGGCUUGAGUCGGAAGCGGCGAGCAGUGCCACAGAUACGGAGGCCACGGCAUCGGGGUCAAGCAAUGGCACCACAAAGAACCAAAAUGGAGGUGCAGAGGAUAGUCUGGAUGGAGCAGCUGCCUCUGGAGAUUCGACACAGAACACCGGGAGCUCUCAACGGCCAGCUCCCAAAAUACAGGAUGAGGAAGGAGUUGCACCCAAGGCGGUCACUGGGCAUGAAGGAUCAUUAGAGGCCGCUACAGUCACAGAGUCCUCAGCAUCUGCCAGUAAUUCAGCUAGUGAAGGGGGCGGAGCCACAGCAGCUGAGCAGCCAGAGCAGGGGAACUCCAGUGAGCCGGCCAAUGAGGAGGAGGAAGAUGCCGAAAUCUGGCAGAGGAGGCGGAGUCUGCAAGCAUCAGGGAACGCAUCACAGGCUGAAGGGGUGGAAUUAACCAAUGAUGUGAGAAGGGUAGCUGACGCAUCACAGGCUGCCACAGUAACAGAUGGAGAGAUGGGAGCCAGUGCUCAAGUGAACGGCCAUCAGCCAAUGCAGUCUCUUCCUUCAGUCCGUCAUGACAUCAGCCGCUAUCAGAGAGUAGACGAGCCCCUUCCACCAAACUGGGAAGCUCGUAUAGACAGUCACGGCAGGAUUUUCUAUGUGGAUCAUGUGAACAGAACCACCACCUGGCAGCGGCCCACUGCUCCACCUGCACCUCAGGUCCUACAGAGAUCCAACUCCAUUCAACAGAUGGAGCAGCUCAACCGAAGGUAUCAGAGUAUUCGGAGGACAAUAACCAAUGAGAGGACCGACGAACAGGCUGCAGAGAUGCCUACAGAUGAAAACGACCUGCUGCAUCCCUCCAUACCUGAGUACCGUCGGGACGGCGUGGUUGGUCCCGCUAGCUCUCGCUCGCGCUUGUCUCUGCUGCUUCAGUCCCCCAGCGCCAAGUUUCUCACCAGCCCCGAUUUCUUCACCAUACUGCAUUCCAACCCUAGUGCCUACCGCAUGUUUACAAGUAACACGUGUCUAAAACACAUGAUCAGUAAAGUGCGACGGGACGCGCACCACUAUGAGCGCUACCAGCACAAUCGAGACCUGGUUGCCUUCCUCAACAUGUUCGCCAACAAACAGCUGGAUCUGCCGCGGGGCUGGGAAAUGAAACACGACCACACGGGAAAGCCUUUCUUCGUGGACCACAACUGCAGGGCGACCACCUUCACAGACCCCCGACUGCCGCUGCAGAGCGCCCGACCCAGCAGCCUCCUCGCCCACCGCCAGCACCUCAGCCGCCAGCGCAGCCACAGCGCAGGGGAGGUGAGCACACGACGCCUGGUGGGCGAUGACCCUCGGCAUGCUGGACCCGCUGUACUGCCACGCCCCUCAAACACCUUCACAGCCAAUCGCAACCAGUGUCAAGAUGUAGUUCCUGUUGCCUAUAAUGAGAAAAUCGUGGCAUUUUUGCGACAGCCGAACAUAUUUGAGAUCCUUCAGGAGAGGCAGCCUGAGCUCAUUAGGAAUCACUCGCUCAGGGAGAAGGUGCAGUUUAUUCGUAAUGAAGGAGCGUCAGGUUUAGCUCGCCUCUCCAGCGACGCAGACUUGGUGAUUUUACUCAGCUUGUUUGAAGAGGAAGUGAUGUCGUAUGUGCCACCUCAUGCCUUACUGCACCCCAGCUACUGUCAGUCACCUCGAGGGUCUCCGGUCCCCUCCCCUCAGAACUCUCCUGGUACACAGCGAGCCAACGCACGGGCCCCUGCACCGUACAAACGGGACUUUGAAGCCAAACUUCGGAAUUUCUAUCGCAAACUGGAGACUAAAGGCUACGGACAGGGUCCGGGCAAAGUCAAGUUAAUAAUCCGCAGGGAUCAUCUCCUGGAGGACGCCUUCAAUCAGAUCAUGUGCUACUCUCGCAAAGAUCUACAGAGGAGUAAACUCUACGUCAGCUUUGUUGGAGAAGAGGGACUGGACUACAGUGGCCCGUCCCGAGAGUUUUUCUUUCUGGUGUCACGGGAGCUUUUUAACCCAUACUACGGCCUGUUUGAGUAUUCAGCCAAUGACACCUACACCGUCCAGAUCAGCCCCAUGUCUGCCUUCGUCGACAACCACCAUGAGUGGUUUCGGUUUAGUGGUCGUAUUCUGGGUCUCGCUCUCAUCCAUCAGUACCUGCUGGAUGCCUUCUUCACACGACCCUUCUACAAAGGCUUACUGCGAAUUCCGUGUGAUCUGAGCGAUCUGGAGUAUCUUGAUGAGGAGUUUCAUCAGAGUCUUCAGUGGAUGAAGGACAAUGACAUAGAAGACAUGCUGGACCUGACCUUCACCGUCAACGAGGAGGUUUUCGGACAGAUCACAGAGCGCGAGCUGAAGCCUGGCGGUGCUAAUAUCCCCGUGUCAGAGAGGAAUAAGAAGGAGUACAUCGAGCGCAUGGUGAAGUGGCGUAUAGAGCGCGGGGUCGUCCAACAGACGGAGAGCCUGGUGCGAGGCUUUUAUGAGGUUGUAGAUGCACGGCUGGUGUCGGUGUUUGAUGCGCGGGAGCUGGAACUGGUGAUCGCUGGGACGGCGGAGAUCGAUCUGGGAGACUGGAGGAACAAUACUGAGUAUAGAGGAGGUUACCAUGAUAACCACAUCGUGAUUCGCUGGUUCUGGGCGGCAGUGGAGAGAUUCAACAAUGAGCAGAGACUCCGAUUGCUGCAAUUUGUGACAGGGACGUCCAGUAUCCCGUACGAGGGCUUCGCCUCUCUCAGGGGCAGCAACGGGCCGCGCCGCUUCUGUGUGGAGAAAUGGGGGAAAAUCUCCUCUCUGCCCCGAGCUCACACGUGUUUCAAUCGUCUGGACCUCCCCCCGUACCCCUCGUUCUCCAUGCUGUACGAGAAGAUGCUGACGGCAGUGGAGGAAACCAGCACUUUCGGUUUGGAGUGAAGGUUGAUUUUCGCACUUUGAGCUGAUCAAAUAUACUUAAUUUCCACGACCCGUCAGGAAGAGCAAAGGAAGCAAGCAUCUAAAACAGACACCAGAAGCACUUAGACCUAUAUUUUGUACACCAUAUCACUUAAAAAUACUUCCAUCAAAAACCAUCAGUGAGCUGCACUGGACUGACUGUUUCUCCGACGCAAACAUUGAUCGGCUCGGGAUGAAUCGAGGAGGACGUGACCAGCCAAAUGCUCAUUCAAAUGAGGAACAUAACAAACCCAAAGGACUUUGAUAUUCACUCUCUCUUUUUAUCUGUAAAAAAUACUUUUCUACAGAGCAACAAAAUGCAGCGUGAAUGAACAAAUACUGUGUUCGCCUCAAACACUAUCACACAUGACAGCGCUGCCCUCUAUACUGAGUUGAAAAAAAAAUGUAUAUGUUCUCUCUUCUUUUUGUCAUAUUUCUACAUUAGUCUUUCUCAUAUGUUUGUUUUGACACCGUAGCUGUCAUGUUGAAUGAAUUUGGUUGUUUAUAUACUCUCACACGCGACGUUUUCAAAGGGCAUGUCAUGAAUGUGAUCAAAAAAAAAAGAAAUCAACAAUAGAAGAUGAUUUUUGUGACUUUAUAGUCCAACCUUGGCCUUUCUGUUGUCCUCGGAUUACACGGUUUUAUUUCUGAUGACAAAUAGAGUGGUCACAUAUCCACUGAAUGAAGCUACAGAAACACUCAGUCAGCAUGAAAUUAAAACGGACACUGUGUUACUAAUACGCUUCAUUGUGAUAAAAUAACGUUUUCUGAUUUAAAUGGAGUAAAAUAGCUUGCGUUAACCAUUACAUGUUGACUUAAUUAUUAUUUCCAUAUCGCUUUAGUGUGACAUUAAUGUUGCAGACGCAGCUUUCUUGAAUCUCCUUUUCAUUUUUCCACUCUCUUCUCUCGAGUCCGAUCGUGUUUUCUUGUAUGAUUUGAAACUGGAAUAUCAAGCCCACAAAACCAUAUCGAUACAUUCCAGACUUUUCCAUUUGCGUGAACUCAACUCAAGCCUUUUACGAACCACUGCCGUGGCUGCGGGACAAUGGAUUGUACUCUAGUUCUGAACGUUUUGUAAUAUGAAUUUUGUGUAAGGAAUUAAUAUCGCUUCCAGUGAAAACUGGUGGAGCUGAAACUGCCAUGGGACUUUAAGAGGUCCAUCAAAUUUUGGAAUAGCAAGGAAGACAAACACGAGCAUAUCAUUUUUGUCAGUUCGAUUAUGGCCGGUUAGAUCGCUAAGACAAACCAGAUACAGUAGAUCUUCGUCUUUGUAUUAAGGCUUUUUGCAGUGGUGUGCUGAUAUUUGUGCUGAAUGUACCACAGGUUUAGGGCAGCCAUAGACUGCCUCAACCCUCUUUUGUCCAUGGUUGAUUAAAAAAAGGAAAACAUUUAUGAAAAAACAAAACAAAUAAUGAUAAUAAUAAAAGCCUUUUUUGAAUGCCCCAAUUGUUCCUCUUAAUUUGACUUUUUAGAGUAGCUUUUUCACGACGAUGUUUUACACACAAUAUAAAAAAGAUUCUACAUUUGGGAAACAAUUAUGCUUUCUGUUGGUGUUUGAAAAUAUGUGUGUAUGCUUCAUCUGGA